CAACUCUCCCCUGCAGCCCCUCUUAGUCUCUCCAUCCUCCUUCUGAAGAGGAGUACAGACAAGACAAGUGAAAGAGAGGAUACAAUAUAGAUUUCCUUUCUUUAUUGUUUUUUUUUUUUAACUGAGCUACUAGAGGCGAAAGAGAAAGGGUUUCAAGAAGCAGAAGUAAAACAUCUUUAUUGUUUGGUUCAACCCACCCAGAGUUUUUUUUUUUUUUCUAAGCGUCGUGCUCAGUGUGCACAGCCCGAGGAGGAGAGCAGAUGCUGGACAACAUGACGGACUGCGUGGCAGGACAGGGGAGACCCAACAGCCAGGGUGAUGGGAACCCUAAAGAGCGCAGUCCUUCCAUUAACAGCCACAGAGCGGGUGAAGCGGGGAAGAGCCAGGAUUAUGAUGGCAAGAACAUGGCUCUGUUUGAGGAGGAGAUGGACACCAGUCCAAUGGUCUCCUCUCUGCUCAGCAGCCUGGCCAACUACUCCAACCUGCCAACGGGCAGCAGGGAACAUGAAGAGGCCGAGAAUAAUGAGGAGGGGCCACGGUUAUCACAAAAACCAGUCACGGCACCACAGCUGGGCACUCUGAUGGGAGUAUACUUGCCUUGUAUCCAGAAUAUUUUUGGGGUGAUCCUCUUCCUGAGGAUGACCUGGAUGGUUGGAAUUGGAGGCGUCUUUGGCACUUUCAUUAUCGUCUUCAUGUGUUGCUCCACAACCAUGCUGACGGCCAUCUCUAUGAGUGCCAUUGCAACAAAUGGAGUUGUACCAGCUGGAGGUUCAUAUUACAUGAUCUCUCGCUCACUGGGGCCCGAGUUUGGUGGAGCUGUUGGGAUCUGCUUUUACUUAGGCACCACUUUUGCAGGUGCCAUGUACAUUCUUGGCUGUGUUGAAAUUCUGCUGAUUUAUAUUGUUCCUCAGGCAGCCAUUUUCAAGCUUGAGGGUCUGGAGGGGCUAGAGGCAGAGAUCGCUCUCCUCAACAACAUGAGGGUGUAUGGCACCAUCAUACUGAGCUUAAUGGCAGUGGUGGUGUUUGUAGGGGUCAAAUAUGUCAACAAGUUGGCACUGGUCUUCCUGGCUUGUGUCAUUCUCUCCAUCUUGGCUGUUUACGCCGGAGUCAUCAAGACUGCUGUUGACCCUCCGUUCUUCCCCGUCUGCCUCCUGGGAAAUCGAACUCUUGUCUCUAAAGGAUAUGACAUCUGUGCAAAAGUCAUUGAAAUAGACAAUGAAACUGUCACCACUACACUGUGGAGGUCCUUCUGUGAUUCUGAGUACCUCAAUGCCACUUGUGAUGAAUAUUUCACCAACAACAAUGUCACAGAGAUACAGGGCAUCCCCGGGGUUACUAGUGGCAUCCUGGCAGAGAACCUGUUUGGAAACUACCUGGAGAAAGGGAUGAUCCUGGAGAAGCGUGGACUUGCAUCAAACAUGGAUCCAGACAGUCCCACAUCCAGCUCCAACCAUUACGUCCUGGCUGACAUCACCAGCUUCUUCACCCUGCUGGUGGGGAUAUACUUCCCUUCUGUCACAGGUAUUAUGGCUGGCUCCAACCGCUCUGGAGACCUGCGUGAUGCUCAGAGGUCGAUCCCCAUUGGCACCAUUGCAGCCAUCACCACUACAUCUACUGUGUACAUGUCCUGUGUGGUGCUGUUUGGUGCCUGUAUAGAAGGAGUAGUCCUAAGGGACAAGUUUGGCGAAGGUGUCAGUGGCAACCUGGUGAUUGGUACACUGGCAUGGCCAUCUCCAUGGGUCAUUGUGUUUGGCUCCUUCUUUUCCACCUGCGGAGCUGGGCUUCAGAGUCUGACAGGAGCUCCACGCCUCUUACAGGCCAUCUCAAAGGAUGGCAUCAUCCCAUUUCUUAGAGUGUUUGGGCAUGGCAAAGCCAAUGGGGAGCCCACCUGGGCCCUCUUGCUCACAGCUAGUAUCUGUGAGAUUGGCAUUAUCAUCGCUUCUCUGGAUUCAGUUGCACCCAUCCUCUCCAUGUUCUUCUUGAUGUGCUACAUAUUUGUCAAUCUUGCCUGUGCCCUGCAGACUUUGUUGAAGACACCAAACUGGAGGCCGCGCUUUAAGUUUUACCACUGGGCCCUGUCUUUCCUGGGUAUGAGUCUUUGCUUGUCGCUCAUGUUCGUCUGUUCCUGGUACUACGCCAUAGUUGCCAUGGGUAUCGCCACCUGCAUCUACAAAUACAUAGAGUUCUGCGGAGCUGAGAAGGAGUGGGGUGAUGGGAUACGUGGGCUAUCACUUAGCGCUGCGCGCUUUGCUCUCAUGAGGCUGGAGGAGGGACCACCACACACCAAGAACUGGAGGCCUCAGAUCCUGGUUCUGGUGAGUGUGGACGCUGAGCAGAACGUGGAGCAGCCUCGUCUGCUCUCUCUGACCAAUCAGCUGAAAGCAGGGAGGGGUCUGACGAUUGUUGGCACUUCAGUUCAAGGAACCUUCCUUGACAACUAUACUGAGGUGCAGAGGGCAGACCAGUCUUUGCGUAAGUUGAUGGAGGCAGAGAAGGUGAAGGGCUUCUCUCAGGUGGUUAUCUCCUCCAACCUGAGAGAUGGGAUGUCCCACCUGAUUCAGACUGGAGGUCUGGGAGGUCUGAAGCACAACACUGUAAUGAUCAGUUGGCCUUGUAACUGGAAAGAGCCUGAGUACCACCAGCAAUUUAGAAACUUUAUUGAAGUGGUUAGAGAGACAACUGUAGCCAGUCUGGCCUUGUUGGUUCCUAAGAACAUUUCCACCUUUCCACUGAAUGGAGAGUGCUUCACUGAAGGCCACAUAGAUGUGUGGUGGAUUGUCCACGAUGGAGGCAUGCUGAUGCUUCUGCCCUUCCUGCUGCGUCAGCAUAAGGUGUGGAGGAAGUGCAAGAUGCGUAUUUUCACUGUAGCCCAGAUGGAUGACAAUAGUAUCCAGAUGAAAAAAGACCUCAUCACCUUCCUCUAUCACCUACGCUUUGAUGCAGAGGUGGAAGUGGUGGAGAUGCAUGACAGUGACAUCUCAGCCUACACCUAUGAGAAGACACUGAUAAUGGAACAACGGUCGCAGAUUCUCAAACAGAUGCAUUUGACCAAGAAUGAAAUGGAGAGAGAGAUCCAGAGCAUUACAGAUUCAUCCCGUGGGUCUAUCCGGCGUAAAAAUCCGUCUGCCUUGCACUCACAGCACAGACCAGAGGAAGCGGCCAGCCUGGCCGAGAAACUAGAAGAGGAGCCUGUGGCAGUCUCCAACCCAAAACAGGUACAGCUGAUCCAUGGUAAGAAUGCGUCCACGACGACAAGCCCCACAACUCCUGCUGUGUCAGCAGGGGGCGCUACCACCUUGACUGACAACAAAGGUACAGACAAGGGGAAGAGUCUUUUAGCAGUGACCCCAGAGGCAGGCAAAGAUCAUUUCAACAUGAAACCGGAAUGGGAGAACUUGAACCAGACUGAUGUGAGGUGCAUGCACACAGCAAUGCGACUCAAUGAGGUCAUCACAAAGAAGUCCAAGGAGGCAAAGCUCAUCCUGAUCAGCAUGCCUGGGCCACCAAAAAACCGUGUGGGCAAUGAAAACUACAUGGAGUUCCUUGAGGUGCUCACUGAAGGUCUCAAUCGCAUCCUCCUGGUGCGUGGAGGUGGACGUGAGGUAAUCACCAUCUACUCCUGAAGGGCUUUUAAUAACAGCCCCUACAUGGACACUGCCCUCUCCUCUGUCUGUAUUAUGUCAGUAAAUUCCUCUCACACCUGUCCAAUCACCUGCUACCACAUGUAGAAGUCAGACACCAGGGUUUAAAGGUGACAUCUGUUAUCUUUUAUCACUGGAGAAUAUGGAGAAUAUUGCAAUAGUCAUGUCUUAUCAGCAGUUAACAGCAGAUGAGUUUAUGGUUGUGAAAAAACAUCAAAACUUCACUUAUCUUCAGAAAAUGGAAGGCUUUCUUUCUAUCUAUCUUUCUUUCCUUUUUAAUUCUCUUUUUAUUGGGAUAUACCAAGGCACAUACAAAAAAUAUAUUUUGUGUGAAAAGAAGCCUUGACUGUCUAUGCCUUCUGUUGAAACAGUUGUAUUAGGGAUAAUAAAGCUGAGUGACAAUAGAUAAUACAAAAGCAAAUAAUCACCAAUAAAAUAAAAAAUACAGGCAUGUCAUGCAUAAUGGGAGAGCAAGUGGAAAGCUUUUCAAAUAUUUUGUUACCUUCUCUGUUAUGUUUAAUCACCAUGCUUUUGUUCCUGGUCUUUUGUAAAAGCGGAAUGUUUUUUUUUCUUGAUCAUGUUUAUUAUUAUUGAUAUGUAUGUAUUUAUUCAUCUAAUCAUGUCUGUAUUUGUUCUGGUCUGUUUUAGUUUUUAAAUAUAUGGUUGGAAGCAAACAACUAUUAUAGUUAAAGUACUGCUAAUGCUAUUAGUUUAUACCUGGCAGAGGUUGGGUGAGAACCUCCCUAAGUUUAUGUGAUACAUUCACACAUUAUUAAAUUGUAGGAUAAAAGAGGCAGAGGUGGGAGCUGCAUGUUGAGAAAUGUAUGAAUAUGCAGGGGUGAUAUGUGCAAUGUGCGUUUUAAGCCCCGCCUGUGAACAAUGUGAAAAUGACAGUAUCAUCGCUAGCUGGGAUUUAGUUAGUUUAUUUUUUCAGCAUAAUUCUUUUAUUGCAGAAAGUUUGGCAGCCAUAAAAGCCAAAAGGCAGAAUUUAUUCUUCCUUGUUAGACAGGGAUCAUACAGUAUAGAGUGAAUGGACUCAGUGGCACGCAGUAAUACAGUAUAUGCUCAGGAUCUGUGCUUUGCAAAAGCCAUUUUAAAUACUGCAAAUGUACUAAUUAUUUCCUAUGAUUACCUCCAGGUGUUAUAUGACCAUGUUUCACCCAUAAACUGUUCAGUGGUAGAUCUUUAUCUGCAUUACUGCUUAUUCCACAAACUGUAAAUGGAGAAAUUAUUUCAAAUUAAACCUGCAUUUUAUCUCUUUACAAAAACUGUCUGACUAAAAAAACCUUGCUGAUGACUUGCAAACAAAAUGUGGCAAUAUAAAGUGCAAAAAUGUUUUUGAUACUGACUUUUUUGAAAUUAAAGCUGAUAGGUUAAACAAAAAGUUAUUUUUAAGUGAACUCUAAGUAACAGAUUUUGGACCAGUAAUCUAAUUAGUAGACUUUUCUAAAACAUUAGUGUAAAGUAUUUAGGAGAAAGUAAACACUGUAUUUCUUUAUUUUAUUUCAGUGGUUUUGUGAAAACACUAAAUAUUUUACUAGAGAUAUUGUUUUUAUGGUUGUAAACAAAUAUUAUACAAUGUAAGAUGUGUUUAGGUAUCAGAGCCACUAAAUUAUAUCAGCAGGAUGUCAUAACCUUUGUCUCAGAGAAUGUAUUUUUUUUAUUGCUAUAGUUCUAAAAAAAAAAAAAGGUUAAGAAAUGCUAUUUAUUUAAAUAAUUCAAAAUAGCCUAUGUUGUAUUGUAUAAAAGGAACAUGCAUCAUUUUUACAAUACAGUUAUUCCCUUUCAUGCUGAAAGUGCAAUGAGAACACUGAUACCACUCCUGUUAAAUGCUAAAAAUGUAGCUCUAGAUAGGAGAUGGCUAGUUUAGCCCAGCACAAAAGGGGAAGGAGGAGAAAACAGAUAUCCUGACUCAGUCACAAGGUAACAAAACCCACUUACUUUCCAGCUAAAGUUAACAUGCUAUAUCCUUUUUAAAAUAAUUUUAAGGGGGUUGUGUACCAGACUUGCCCAUGACUGGUAACUCUCUAGCAACUGCUCCGGGCCAAGAAACAGUCCAUAAAAUGGAAAUGCAAAUGAGAUAAGAUAAUGUAUGCAAUAGUAAGCUUUAGAGAAUUUUGUCACCUUUGGGCAGAGCCAGGCUAACUGUUUUUCUGUUUCUAGCCUAAAAUGCUCUAACUAGUUGCUGGCUGUUGCUUUAUAAUUACUGUACAGAUAUGAGAGUGGUAUCAAUCUUCUCAUCUUUUUCUUGACAAAAUAAAUAUUCUUCCCACGUGUUGAACUAUUACUGUAAAAUGUUCAUCAUUUUAUUUUGCUACCACAGUAAUUCAUGCCAUUUUAAGACAUGAGGGAAUUAUGACAAAACCAACAUACUGUUUGCAGGCACAGCAUAAUAUUUCCAAAUAACAUUUGUAAAUGGAUCUGUGAUUUUAAUAUUAGAAAUAUCACAUGGAAUAUGCAUCAGUUUUAUAGAUACAAAAUUGGCAGUUUGUAUUGUCUUUAAAAUGAUCAAAUGUGUUUAUGUUGUACCAUGUCUUAUGCG